CCCCUUUCUCGCCUGCUCCGCCAGGAGGCCGGAGUGCCCGCGGGGUCUCUCCAAGAUGGCAGCGCAGAGGAGGAGUCUGCUGCAGAGUGAGCAACAGCCAAGCUGGACGGACGACCUGCCUCUCUGCCACCUCUCUGGGGUGGGCUCAGCCUCCAACCGCAGCUACUCUGCUGAUGGCAAGGGCACGGAGAGCCACCCGCCGGAGGACAACUGGCUCAAGUUCAGGAGUGAGAACAACUGCUUCCUCUAUGGGGUUUUCAACGGCUACGAUGGCAACCGAGUGACCAACUUUGUGGCCCAGCGGCUGUCGGCGGAGCUCCUGCUGGGCCAGCUCAGUGCAGAGCACACUGAGGCCGAUGUGCGCCGUGUGCUGCUGCAGGCCUUCGACGUGGUGGAGAGGAGCUUCCUGGAGUCCAUCGAUGAUGCGCUGGCUGAGAAGGCGAGCCUGCAAUCCCAGCUGCCAGAGGGCGUCCCGCAGCACCAGUUGCCUCCUCAGUACCAGAAGGUCCUUGAGCGACUCCGGGUGCUGGAGAGGGAGAUCUCCGGAGGAGCCAUGGCUGUCGUGGCGGUCCUUCUGAACAACAAGCUCUACGUCGCCAAUGUCGGUACAAACCGUGCGCUGUUAUGCAAAUCCACAGUAGAUGGGCUACAGGUGACACAGGUGAAUGUGGACCACACCACGGAGAACGAGGAUGAGCUUUUCCGCCUCUCGCAGCUGGGUUUGGAUACAGCAAAGAUCAAGCAAGUGGGGAUCAUCUGUGGGCAGGAGAGCACCAGGCGCAUUGGGGAUUACAAGGUCAAGUACGGCUACACUGACAUCGAGCUGCUCAGUGCCGCCAAGUCCAAACCGAUCAUCGCGGAGCCCGAGAUCCACGGUGGGCAGCCACUGGACGGGGUGACUGGCUUCCUGGUACUGAUGUCCGAGGGGCUCUACAAGGCCCUGGAGGCAGCCCAUGGGCCUGGGCAGGCCAACCAGGAGAUUGCGGCAAUGAUUGACACCGAGUUUGCCAAGCAGACUUCCCUGGACGCUGUGGCCCAGGCCGUGGUAGACCGCGUGAAGCGCAUCCAUGGCGACACCUUUGCCAGCGGUGGGGAGCGCGCCAAGUUCUGCCCGCGGCAUGAGGACAUGACCCUGCUGGUGAGGAACUUUGGCUACCCGCUGGGCGAAAUGAGCCAGUCCGCACCGACCCCGUCCCCAGUUGCAGGAGGCCGCGUGUGCCCCGUGUCCGUGCCCUACUCCAGCGCUCAGAGCACCAGCAAGACCAGUGUGACGCUGUCCCUCGUCAUGCCUUCUCAGGGCCAGAUGGUCAAUGGGGCCCACAGCGCAUCCACCCUGGAUGAGGCCACGCCCACGCUCACCAACCAGAGCCCAACCCUGACCCUGCAGUCCACCACCACGCACACCCAGAGCAGCAGCUCCAGCUCCGACGGCGGCCUCUUCCGCUCCCGGCCGGCCCACUCGCUCCCGCCAGGCGAGGACGGCCGUGUUGAGCCCUACGUGGACUUCGCUGAGUUUUACCGCCUCUGGAGUGUGGACCACGGCGAGCAGAGCGUGAUGACGGCGCCGUAGCUCUGGCCACAGCGUGCAGCCUUCCCCGGGAGGCUCUGGGGCAGGAGGG